AUGCCGAGUGGGAGCGAGCGCUCAGACAAAGCGGGGUCUGUGUGUGCGGUGCCGGGGGAGGCGGAGGAGCCCCGGCACCGCUCCUGCCGCUGUCCCCGGGGCUGGGGACACCGGGGGGACCCUGCCCAGGGCACCCGCUCUGCCAGCCGGGACAGCGAAACAUCAGCGGGGCUCUGGGCGGCUCUCCCGGAACAGGGAGAGGAGCGGCAGAGGAGGGAGGGAACAAAGGGGCAGCGGGGCGGGCCGGGGGCGGGCCGGGGGCUGCUCCACUGCCCGGGGCGGGGAGAAAACUCGCACCCACCGCGGCUCCCCGCCUCGGCCCCGCAGCUGGGGUCUCCCAGCGCUGCAAGUUUCCACAGGGCACCGCGGCGGAAUUGCGCGGGGAGCGGCCCCGCCGUCCGUCCGUCCGUCUGUCCGUCCGUCCGUCCGUCCGCCGCUUUGUUCCCGGAGGAUGCGGCGCGCCUAACCCCGGCCCAGGCGGUGGGGCCGCGGCGGGGGCAGGGGCAGCCCUCCGCCGGAAAACUCCGCGCCGCCCUCCUUCCUCCUCCUCCUCCUCCUCUUCCUCCUCCUCCUCCUCCUCCUCCCGCUCGCAGCCCCGGCGCGGAGCGAUGCUCUCGGGGGCGGCGAUGGAGCGGGGCGGCAGCGCGGAGAGCACGGCGGCCCCUCGGGCUGCCCGCGGCCCCUGAGCGCCGGCAGGAGGAAGAGGAAGGCCGGGGCAGCGAGCAGAGCGCGGCCAUGGAGGAGUGGAGGCAGUGCGGCCGCUGGCUGAUCGACUGCAAAGUUUUGCCCCCGAACCACCGGGUGGUCUGGCCCUCGGCCGUGGUCUUCGACCUGGCGCAGGCGCUGCGGGACGGGGUGCUGCUGUGCCAGCUGCUCCACAACCUGUCCCCCGGCUCCAUCGACCUCAAGGACAUCAACUUCAGGCCGCAGAUGUCCCAGGGCCUUGGAUGUGUUUGGAGGUUUCUGGGGAAGGCUGCUGCAGGCUGCUCCCUCUCAGGAGCAGAGACCUCGUGGGGGCUGCAUCAGCUGUACCAGGCACCUUUUCUCUGCAGCUGAAGGAAAAUGGGUUAAUUCAAGGGAGAACCACUGAGAAAGAAGCAAUAACCAUCCCAAACCCUGCCCCACUGCUCUGUCCUGGCUGUCUGAGCACCUGCUGCAAUCUCUGUGGAUUAAGAGAGGUGGAAAUUGGUGCCUCUCACCCCUCCUCAAAGGCUAGUCUGGACACUGCCAAAAAUCUUCAUUUUCCCUGCUCCAGAACCUCCUGGACUCUGGAGAUGAAGCAGCCACAGAGUGAACGUGUUGCUGCAUGCACAGACUUGCAGUUAGCAGUAAUGGCCAGCUCAUUAAGGAUUCUUAUUUUGAAGCAUAUUGACAUCUCUCCAGAGGGAAUCCACCCCGCCCUGCAGCGCCUGGAGGUUUGAUUUGGGCCCUGGAGGCUGAUGAGAGGCAGCAAAUGGAAUUGGAGUGAUGGCUGGGCUGCCCACUGCUCUGCUCUGCUCUUAUUAAGGAGCCAGGCAGACAAGUGAACCUGACUGCCAGGAUUGAUGGCUGCGAUGCCCCACACCUGACUGAGCUGUCACAUGGCUCCAUCCUGUUGUUUUUUCUUCAUUUGCCAUCCAAAUCCUGUUUAUUGAUGAUGUAGGUGCUGCUUUGCUGUGACAACUGGGAGCAGCUGGCUUGGAGCCUUCCCCAGGUACAGGGGAGAUGGAGGCAGGCCUAGACAAUUUGGUGCAGGUAAUUAUUCACAAGGCUUUGGGGUUUUUAACAUGCCACUUGAAGGCUUUAUAGCUGCAGUGCUUGUAAUUACUUCCAUAUGUCAUGAUAUAUGUUAGAAAUAAUUCAGUAUUAUCAGAGCUGCCUAGCUGGGUGGGUUUUUUGAACAAGGUCUGUGUAGCCACUCUGAUUUGCCCUGCUCAGGUCCUCUGGCUUUUUAUUUACUCUGUGCUUUUUGAAACUGAGUUCUGUUCCAAAAAGGCUGUAAAAAAUGGCCUUGUUACAUAUCCCUGUUUACUGUGUCUCACUGACUUCCCGUUUGGAUGUGCUGAGCCUCUCAAAGGGAAGAAAGGUGCUCUGUGUGUCCUGCCAGGCUCAUGAGCUCCCUGCAAAACAGGAGCUGCUCCCACUCUUCCUGCCCAGCCCCGCUCUGCUCGCCAAGCAGAGCCCUAAAACCUCGUGUCAGCAGAGGGGGGACCCUCUCUGUGGCUGCCUGAGCUUGAAGGAUCCAACUGAACCUGCAGCUGAAGGCUCAUAAAUAUUCUGCUGGGCCAGGAGAAGCUGAAGAGUGUUGGAUGGAUGCUGUGGGCUGUGCCAAGCAGCCUGAAAAGCAGUGAAAACUUUUUUUCAUUCUUCCCCAUGCUGUGGAAUGACUGAUGAGAGCUGAAUACCUGCAUUAAACACCUACCAGCAACAUGAAUGAAUAGAUGCCUUUAAAAACACAAAGCCAAA